AUGGCCGAGGCCCCCCCGCGCCGCCUCGGCCUAGCCCCCCCGCCCGGGGACGCCCCCCGCGCCGAGCUGGUGGCGCUCACGGCCGUGCAGAGCGAGCGGGGCGAGGCGGGCGGGGGCGGCUCCCCGCGCCGCCUGGGCCUCCUGGGCAGCCCCCUGCCGCCGGGCGCGCCCCUCCCAGGGCCGGGCUCGGGCUCGGGCUCCGCCGGCGGCCAGCGCACCUCGGCCGCGCACAAGCGCUACCGCCGCCUGCAGAACUGGGUCUACAACGUGCUGGAGCGACCCCGCGGCUGGGCCUUCAUCUACCACGUCUUCAUAUUUUUGCUGGUCUUCAGCUGCCUGGUGUUGUCCGUGCUGUCCACUAUCCAGGAGCACCAGGAACUUGCCAACGAGUGUCUCCUCAUCUUGGAAUUCGUGAUGAUCGUGGUGUUUGGUCUGGAGUACAUCAUCCGCGUCUGGUCCGCUGGAUGCUGCUGCCGCUACCGAGGAUGGCAGGGCCGUUUCCGCUUUGCCAGAAAACCCUUCUGUGUCAUCGACUUCAUCGUGUUUGUGGCCUCGGUGGCCGUCAUCGCCGCGGGCACGCAGGGUAACAUCUUUGCCACGUCUGCGCUGCGCAGCAUGCGCUUCCUGCAGAUCCUGCGCAUGGUGCGCAUGGACCGCCGCGGCGGCACCUGGAAGCUGCUGGGCUCUGUGGUCUAUGCUCACAGCAAGGAACUGAUCACCGCCUGGUACAUCGGGUUCCUGGUGCUCAUCUUCGCCUCCUUCCUGGUCUAUCUGGCCGAGAAGGACGCCAACUCCGACUUCUCCUCCUACGCCGACUCGCUCUGGUGGGGGACGAUUACACUGACAACCAUUGGCUAUGGUGACAAGACACCACACACGUGGCUGGGCAGGGUCCUGGCUGCCGGCUUCGCCUUACUGGGCAUCUCCUUCUUUGCCUUGCCUGCUGGCAUCCUCGGCUCCGGCUUUGCCCUGAAGGUGCAGGAGCAGCACCGGCAGAAGCACUUUGAGAAGCGGAGGAUGCCAGCAGCCAACCUCAUCCAGGCUGCAUGGCGCCUGUACUCCACCGACACGAGCCGUGCCUACCUGACAGCCACCUGGUACUACUACGAUAGCAUCCUCCCGUCCUUCAGAGAGCUGGCCCUCUUGUUUGAGCACGUGCAGCGGGCCCGCAAUGGGGGCCUGCGGCCCCUAGAGGUGCGGCGGGCGCCAGUACCCGACGGAGCGCCCUCCCGUUACCCGCCCGUUGCCACCUGCCACCGGCCGGGCAGCACCUCCUUCUGCCCUGGGGAAAGCAGCCGGAUGGGCAUCAAAGACCGCAUCCGCAUGGGCAGCUCCCAGCGGCGGACGGGCCCCUCCAAGCAGCACCUGGCACCUCCGCCGAUGCCCACUUCCCCGAGCAGCGAGCAGGUGGGUGAGGCCAGCAGCCCCACCAAGGUGCAGAAGAGCUGGAGCUUCAACGACCGCACCCGCUUCCGGGCCUCCCUGAGACUCAAACCCCGCGCCUCUGCUGAGGAGGAGGAAGUGGCAGAGGAGAAGAACUACCAGUGUGAACUCACAGUGGACGACGUCACGCCCGCCGUGAAGACGGUCAUCCGCUCGGUCAGAAUCCUGAAGUUCCUGGUAGCCAAAAGGAAAUUCAAGGAGACGCUACGACCGUACGACGUGAAGGACGUCAUCGAGCAGUACUCAGCAGGGCACCUAGACAUGCUGGGCCGGAUCAAGAGCCUGCAGGCUCGGGUGGACCAGAUUGUUGGCCGGGGCCCCGGGGACCGGAAGGCCCGGGAGAAGGGCGACAAAGGGCCCUCCGACAUGGAGGCGGUAGAUGAAAUCAGUAUGAUGGGACGCGUGGUCAAGGUGGAGAAGCAGGUGCAGUCCAUCGAGCACAAGCUGGACCUGCUGUUGGGCUUCUACUCGCGCUGCCUGCGCUCAGGCACCUCGGCCAGCCUGGGCACCGUGCAAGUGCCGCUCUUCGACCCCGACAUCACCUCCGACUACCACAGCCCGGUGGACCACGAGGACAUCUCCGUCUCCGCACAGACCCUCAGCAUCUCCCGCUCGGUCAGCACCAACAUGGACUGA